AUGACUUAUGAGGUUUUCCCUGACCUGCAGACUCCUAACAACUAUAAGGUUGUUUCUAUAGUGACCAGCUUAGUGACUGCCACCACAGGGGCCACAGUGGGAAGCACGGGAAACCUAUCGGCAUUCAGAGACCAAAGAGGGAGCGCGCACAGUCAAAUCCAUCAGCCGUCAACACCGUUUGUGCUGAGUGCUGCUGAGAGUAAUUCUGUCCUGCAAGGCAUCACAGUGGCAGCUCAGGCCCUGGUACUCCUCUCCAUCUUCCUACUCUCCAGCCUCGGUAACUCAGUAGUUGUCGUUGUCAUCAUCAAACAUAGACAGCUUCGAACAGUGACUAACGCUUUCAUCAUGUCGCUGUCGUUGUCUGAUUUCCUCACAGCUGUUCUAUGUCUGCCGUUCUCCUUUGUCAUGCUCUUCAAUAAGGACGGUGUCUGGAUGUUUGGGGAUCGUUUCUGUGUGGCCAAUGGCUUUUUUAACACCUGCUUUGGUAUCAUCUCUACCCUGACUAUGACUCUGAUCUCAUUUGACAGGGAUGUCCAGCCUGACACUGCAACACCACCCAACUCUGUCAGCGCUCCAAAGAUGAAGACAGCAGACACCAGCCUGUGACAUUGUGGAAGCAUUCUUAACCGUCUAAUGAUUGUUUUCAUCAUUUCUGUAUUUGUUGUUGUGGAUCUAGAGAUUGCAGUUUGUGACAUUUUUGGAAAUAUGUGUCUCUUUUGAUCAGAUUUUGUUCCAGGAAUCAAAAGGAUCAUCUGAGUUGUUCAUAUACUUCCAUUACAUUGCAGAACGGUUUGGGGGAAGACAAUGUUAAGAUGGUGAAAACUAGAUUUAAGCAGGUGUACAAUAGCUAAUGACAAUUCCAUCAAUUCCACCUGAGGGCCUCUGGAACCUCCUCAGUGAUUAAGCAUGGAAGGGGACGCAAACAAUUCUGUAGAAAACCAUGAUAAGUUUGUUUCUGCUAUAAAGGUCUUCAUGUCAAAUAUUAUUUCAUUUUUUAAAUUUUUUAUUUAUUUUAAAAAGAUAUAUAUAAUUUACAUUUCAUAUGUAAAUGCAGCAUAUAGAUUUUGAAAACUGAUAAAAUAUCUGCUAAACCUUCAAUGCUUAAAACGUAUACUGUGCAUGUCAUUUUCAGAUUGUCCUCCCCAGACAAAUGACAUCAUCUGUCUUUUGUUUAAGUGCUUAACAUGACCUCAAGUUACACUUUACUUUCACGUCUUACCAUUCCUGUAAAAUUCGCCUAAAACGCCUAUCCAAGGCAUUCCAGAAAUAGACUGAAUGCUGUUCUUGAACCAUUUGGAGUAAAUUAAUUGUUUUGGGCUUCUCUGAAAGAUAAAACUCUGAAUUGUCUAAACCAACAGUCAGAAUCACUGUAAGUGCUACUAGAAUUGAUUAAAAUAAGUUUGAACACA